AUGCUUGGUCUUGGUGCAUACGAGAGCAGCAGUGAAGAUGAGGUAGAGCUUAAUGGACCUUCAUCUCAACCCCAGCAUACCAAGGAGCCUUCAGUUAGAACAGCACGAGCAGACCAGGGUCCAGUCGAGUCACCGUAUGAGAAGCCAAUGCCAAAUAUUUCCACCAAUACUACAAAAUUGGCCCCAGAUGGGCCUGUUCUUGGCCCUGAGUCAAUUGACAGGGCACCGGAUUUGGGGAGCGCGCACAUAACAACUGGACGCUCGUCUCCCUUUCUGGCUUCAAGGGCACUCAUUCAAGACCUCACACUUCCUCCGGUUCCCAAUCUAGACAUACCACCGUCACCCCCUGGAUCUCCCGAUGCAGCCGCAAAUGCGAAAUUCGAGCAUUUCCUCUCGCUCAAGAAGCAGGGUGUACACUUCAACUCGAAACUUGCCAGCUCUUCAUCACUCAAGAACCCUAGCCUGCUGAUGAAGAUGAUGAAUCAUGCUGGGAUCAAUGAGCAAUCGCAGUAUGUCACUUCGCUGCCGGUUGACAUGUGGGAUCCUUCCGGUCUACCAAGAUGGGGAUUCAAGGAAGAAAUUUUGAGUACCCAACAAGAGUUUCGUCAAAAGAUGGAAGAGAAAAAAUCAUCGGGCCAACGAAGCUCUAUAGGUUUUGUCUCUGGCUCUGCGCAAGGGCCUGGUCGCAAUGAAGGUCCAUCGGGCUCAAAUCCGGUUUAA